AUGUUCCUCAAGGUUGUAAGCUUCAUUGGUGUUUUGGCUGCCGUCGGAGCCCAGAAUCACUACGGUGCGCAUAAUGAAGUGCAACAUGACGCCGGAUAUUACCAUCACGACGAGGAGCACCACGGACCGGCGCAUUACGAGUACCACUACGAUGUGCACGACGAACAUACCGGCGAUGUGCACGGACAGCACGAGACCCGGAAAGACGACCACACGCACGGCGAGUACUACCUGAUCGAUGCCGAUGGCCACAAGCGCACCGUCAAGUACAAGGUGGAAGGCAAGAGCGGCUUCAUCGCGGAAGUGCAUCGCGAGCCGGUCAAGGGUUUCCACGAUGCUCCGGCACAUCCGAAUUUCCACCAUAAGUUCGAGGAUCAGUACUAG